UUUGUUGGUAUUUCAAAUCUCUCCCCUUCUCGCUCUCCUUCUUUCACAUACACAUACACAUCCUCUCUAAUCUUCAUUUUAGUAAUUCGUUUUUUUAAUUUUUUCUUUUUCUAGAACCAAAAGCUCUGUUACAAUUGGAUAAAUUUUUGACAUUUUCGUUUUUUUUCUCUCUCUGUCUCUCUAUGUGUGUUUGUUUUGGUUCUGCUCUUAUUUUCCGGGAAAGCUGAAUCCUUUUUUACAAAUUUCUGUUAGAAAACCGUCUCAGUUUUAGCGCUAACAUCGUGAGUAACCCCAAGAACCAUCAAUCAUUUCCGUUGAAAAACAGAGAAAAAAUUUUAUUUCUUGUUUCCCACUUGUCCCUCAUUUUCAUGGUCUUUUUUUUUUUUUUUUCUACUUUUAAAAUUAAGUGGGUUUUUGGGUUUUCCUUAGUUUUUGCCUUGUUGGGUUUGAUUUACCUUGACGGUUUAAACGUUGAAUCACUCUGACCUCUCACAGAGAAGUGCGUUUCUUGAAAAUAGAACAAAGCACAGAGAGAGAGAGAGAGAGAGAGAGAGUUCGGCUUGAGUUUCCUUUAAGGUGUACGGAAAAGUGUUUGAUUUUGACAACGUCCAACGAAGACUUUUUGUGGAAGAGAGAGAGAGAGAGAGAGAGUUUUUAAGCUCUGCGUGAAUUUGCUGUCCGAACGUCAAAAAAUAGAAGUCUCUGUAGACCCAUUUAGCAAUUUAUUUCUUUUUUCUCUCUGUCAAUCUAUGUAAAAGGGAUAUCAUAUCCCGAUAACCUCUCUCUUCUCUCUUUCUUCACCAUUUUCUCUCUUUAACCUCUCUCUCUCUCUUUUCCUUUUUUUUCCUUUCUUUUUUUUUUUUUUCUUGGCUUCCUCUGUUUUCAGGGUUGGGUGAGAGAAAAACUCAAUUUCCCUCCCUUCCCUUUCUCUUCCCCCCCUCUCUCUCUCUGUAUGAAGAAAAUGAUUUACGAUAAAGGAUCAAUGCAAUCAAACCUUAGUUGUUUCCUCCAUUGCACUACACCAGUUGUCCAAUCCCAAUUUCUUCCAAAGAGUGAGAUUAGGAAUUUAAAUCGUCUAUGGCACCCAUGGGAAAGAGAAAAAGUGGAGUUUUUCACAUUGGGUGAUCUCUGGAAUUCCUAUGACGAAUGGAGCGCGUACGGUGCUGGUGUUCCGAUUGCUUUGGACAACGGCGAUACCCUUGUGCAAUACUAUGUGCCUUAUCUCUCUGCUAUUCAAAUUUUCACAAGCAAUUCCUUCGUAAACAGAUUCAGGGAGGAGGCAGAGUCUGGUGAUUGUGAGACAAGGGAUUCUUUUAGUGACUCAUGCAGCGAUGACAGUGAGAGUGAUAAAUUAUGGAGAUGGGAUGGCUGUUCUUCAGAGGAAGGAGGAUUUGAGCAAGAAAACACCUGUCAUCUGAAUGAUAGGUUGGGAAAUCUAUAUUUUCAGUAUUUUGAAAGAUCAACUCCCUAUGGAAGAGUUCCUUUAAUGGAUAAGAUUAAUGCAUUAGCUCAAAGGUACCCUGGCUUGAUGUCAUUGAGAAGCGUUGAUCUUUCACCAGCUAGCUGGAUGGCUGUAGCUUGGUACCCAAUAUAUCACAUUCCAAUGGGAAGAACAAUAAAGGACUUGUCCACUUGCUUUCUCACAUAUCACACUCUUUCAUCUUCUUUCCAAGAUAUGGACCUUGAAGAUGACUUGGAGGGUGCCGAAAGGAAACAACGAAAGGAAGGAGAAGGUAUCUCGCUCCCUCCAUUUGGAUUGGCCACUUAUAAGAUGCAAGGAAAUGUGUGGGUCUCGGGCAAUUGUGGUCGGGACCAGGAAAGGCUGGUGUCGCUUUUGAGUGUGGCAGAUUCAUGGUUAAAGCAGCUUAGGGUCCAGCACCAUGACUUCAAUUACUUCACAGGGAUUCGGCGUGGCUAGCUAGGUGGAGUCACCAAAACUUUAAAAAAUUAAAAAAAAGAAUUACUUCACAGGGAUUCGGCGUGGCUAGCUAGGUGGAGUUACCAAAACUUGAAAAAAAAAAAAAAAAAAAAAGGAAAAAAAAAAAAAAAAAAACAAACAAAUGAACGGGAUUUGACGAAGUCCUCUCUGUUUUUUUUUUCCUUUUGGUUGUUAAUGGUUUUGUAGCCUUGAUGGGAGUCGUUUGGCCAUGUGUGUGAGGAGUUUAAGUUGAAUCUUUUUCUUCUUCUUGUUGUUGUUGCCAGGCUUCAUGGAGACAGUGGCUAUUUUAGGUUGCACCCGCCCCAUAUCAUGACAUUUUUUGAUGGAGUGGCAAUGUGUCAAAGCAGAUCUUUACUUUGUAACCUUUUUUUCUUUUUUUUGGCUGCUGUUUUUUAAGCUGCAGUUAAUGGGGGUUUUAUUUGUAGGGAGACAGGAAGAGAGAGUUUGAAAUGGAUGUUAUAUAUGUAAACUGCAUGCAUUAUCUUGACCAUUUUAUGGAACCAUGAGGGAUGAGUGUAAAUGCCCUUCCUUUCUUUUA